AUGGAGAAUUUGUUGGAGGACGAUUCGGAGAAUUUACUAAGGAUGAGCCCUGACGAGUAUUGGGUUGGAGACUUCAUGCACAGAAAAGAGAACCAUGCCAUUGUCCGUGUCCCAGAUGAGUUUCUGGAGGAUAGGUUCAAUAUUAUUGGAUUGGACAGGUAUAUAAAAAAUCUUGAAGAAACAUAUAACUCAAUACUAGACAAGGGCCCAAGAAGAAAUCUCAAAGAGGAGUCUUCAUUAUAUUAUCUGAUACAUCAAAGAUACAUCUUCACAAAGUCUGGGCUUGAGGCCAUCCUGGAUAAGGUAAUGAGCAGAGAGUAUGGGGUGUGUCCAAGAGUAGGAUGCAAGUCAUCGGUCGGGAUGGUUCCUGUUGGAUUAAGUGAUGGACCGUCGAAAUCAUCUACAAAGAUUUAUUGCCAUAACUGUGUGAAUGUAUAUGAACCUAAAGGUAAUCUCCAGCUAUUAGAUGGGUGCGCCUGGGGAAGAUCAUUCCCACAUUUUCUGAUCCUGGCACACUCAUACCACUUUCCCUCAAGAAUGUAUGAGGAGUAUGUUCCAAGGAUCUAUGGGUUCCGGAUUUGCUCUCACGAUGACAACGACUCUUUUUCUGAAGAUAACUGA